UUCCUUUUAACCACACAUCAGCAUAUGACCCACCCGUUUUGACUCAGCUGGUUCACAGAGGCUGUGUUGUGCUGCUCUGCAUACAGGUUGGCUUUUGCAUGGAUUCAGGUGGCGCCAGGAGCAAAAACCAGACCCAGCAACAGAACCAUUGGAACUAAAGGAGCUGGAAGGACCACAAAGGACAAUCCCACCUAAAAGAAGCACAGUGGAGACUCUCAAUUUGGGGAAGCGAUGAUUCGGAGAGAGAGCAAGCGGAAAUCACGGGCAGAGGCUCCCAGCAUGACCAACACCGGGACCAUCCCAGGCACCUGCAAGAUCUACCAGAGGAAGAGCAGGCGGCGCAUGACUUGCCCUAACCCCAGGGAAAUCAAUCAGGCCAUAGCCUCCCUCACCUUGGGAGAACUGAACCGGUCCUGCACUUUGGAGGAGCUGAUUGAGAAGUGCCUUCGCUCUUUUGAUUUGGAUGGGAACCUCUGCACCAGCGACUUCACGGUGAACAUGACAUUGACAGUCCACAGUUGGGUGGUCCCGUCUGCAGAGCUCGCACGGCACCUCCUGAAGUUAUACCAAAAAGCAUCCAAGGAGAAGCUGCAGGCACGCCAGCUGAGGAUCUGCCACUUCAUCCGGUAUUGGCUCAUUAAAUAUCCCGAGGCCUUCCAUCUGGAUCCGCAUUUAGAAGAGGCUAUUGCUGAGAUUUUGGAAGUGGUGAAGAAAGAAGGCCAUAAGGAAUGCUGCAAUCUGCUUGACACAUCCACCGUAGUAACCCAGACGUGGGACCAUUCUCUCAGUUGCCAAAGCAGCCCCGGUUGUGGCAAGAAGCGGAAAGUUUCGCUGCUUUUUGACCACCUUGAUGCAGAUGAGCUAGCCAGCCAUCUCAGCUACCUGGAAUUCAAGGCCUUCUGCCACCUCUCGUACCUGGACUUCCGGAAUUACGUACUUUGUGGGUCAGUGCGGGGCAGUCCAGCGCUAGAGCGUGCCAUCACCUUAUGCAACAGCAUCUCUCAGUGGGUGAUGGUCAUGGUCCUCAACAGGCCCACACCCCAACAGCGAGCCGAAGUCUUCACCAAGUUCAUCCGUGUUACGCAGAAAUUAAGACAAUUGCAGAAUUUUAGCACCCUGAUGGCAAUCGUGGGAGGACUCUGCCACAGUGCCAUAGCUCGGCUCAAGGACACGCAUGCGCUCCUCCCGUCUGAAGUCACAAAGGCACUCUCCGAAAUGACAGAAUUGCUUUCGUCGAGUGGAAAUUACGGGUCGUAUCGACGGGCAUAUGCCGAUUGCUCCGGCUUCAAGAUUCCCAUUGUGGGCGUCCACCUCAAGGACCUGGUCAUGUUGCACGAAGCCAUGCCGGAUCGCGUGGAAGGUGGACAACUCAACCUUAGCAAGUUGCAGAGCCUGUUUGAGCCGGCGUGGGAACUCAGGAUGCUCCAGCAAAGCCAGCCGCCAUUCCAAGCCAAUAAGGAUCUGCUCCGCCUGCUCACUCUCUCCCUAGACCUCUACUACACAGACGAGGAGAUCUACGCACUCUCGUACGCCCGUGAGCCCCGCUGCCCAAAGACAUUGCCACCUGUACAAUUCAAACCACCCAUAGUGUUGGAGUGGGCGCCUGGAGUCACCCCCAGACCUGACCGCAUCACCAUCAAGAGGCAUGUCCAAGAAAUGGUUGAGACUGUAUUCAAGAAUUAUGAUCCUGAACAACGGGGUUGCAUCUCUCAAGAGGAUUUUGAAACUAUCUCUACAAGUUUCCCCUUCUCCUUCUACGGGCUUGAAAGAGACCGUGAAGGAGCCUGGAGUCGGGAAGAGUUGGCCGAGUACUUCAUGCGAGCCUGUGCCAUCGUCUCCAAACUUGGUCUUGGCUACCUGCAUGAUUUCCACGAAGCCACCUUCAAGAAGCCCACUUUCUGUGACAGCUGUAAUGGUUUUCUCUGGGGAGUCUCCAAACAGGGAUAUCGAUGUCGAGACUGUGGCAUGAUCUGUCACAAGCAGUGCAAAGACCAGGUGGAAGUCGAAUGCCAGCGGCGCCUCCACUCCUGCACCUCCAAUGGCACCACGCCACGCGCUGCCACACCAGCAGCCACCUCGACGCAUCCCUCUUGCUCUGGGUCAGAGGAAGAGGCGUUUCUCUUCCCACCAAGACAGGAACAGAGCAGGAGCCCCUUCACUGUGCCAGCGAGGGCCACUGGAAGCCACCGAAUGAAGCACGCCGGCACCCAAACCGAGUCCACCAGCCCUGAGACCGGGAGGAGAGAGGAGUCACCCACAGCAGCAAAUAACCACAGCAGGAGUCAACACCAGCUAAUGGAAAAGUUGAAGGAGUUGGAAAGGGAAAGGGACAAACUCAUCCUGGCAAACCAGCAGCUCCAAAAUUGCAACUCACAGCUGGAAGCAGAGAACAGCCGGUUGCUGAAAGAAGGCGCAACCAGCCUUCCCUCCCUCGCUUGUUGGAAGGCCUGGGCAGCCUGCAACUACAGUCCUCCCAAGCCAAACUGAACAAGAGGAGAGACA